GGGGAGGGGAGAGCUGUGACUAUGGCGGCAGUCGUGGAGGUGGAGGUUGGAGCAGGUGCUGCCGGGGAACGGGAGUUGGAUGAGAUGCGGAAACUGAGGCAUAGAGAAUCUAAGUAACUUGCCCAAUGUCACACAGCUAGGUUGAUAUGUCAGACCUCUCUCCAGAGGAGCAGUGGAGGGUUGAGCAUGCACGCAUGCAUGCCAAGCACCGUGGCCAUGAAGCCAUGCAUGCUGAAAUGGUCCUCAUCCUCAUCGCUACCUUGGUGGUGGCCCAGCUGCUCCUGGUACAGUGGAAACAGAGGCACCCCCGCUCCUACAAUAUGGUGACCCUCUUUCAGAUGUGGGUUGUUCCCCUCUAUUUCACAGUGAAGCUGCACUGGUGGAGGUUCCUAGUGAUCUGGAUCUUGUUCUCCGCUGUCACAGCCUUUGUCACCUUCCGAGCCACCCGGAAACCACUAGUACAGACAACCCCAAGAUUGGUUUAUAAGUGGUUCCUGCUGAUCUAUAAAAUCAGCUAUGCCACUGGCAUUGUUGGUUACAUGGCUGUUAUGUUUACCCUCUUUGGUCUUAACUUAUUAUUCAAGAUCAAACCAGAAGAUGCCAUGGACUUUGGCAUUUCUCUCCUCUUCUAUGGCCUCUACUAUGGUGUUCUUGAGCGGGACUUUGCAGAAAUGUGUGCAGACUACAUGGCAUCUACCAUAGGGUUCUACAGUGAGUCGGGCAUGCCCACCAAACACCUCUCGGACAGUGUGUGCGCCGUGUGUGGGCAGCAGAUCUUUGUGGAUGUCAGUGAAGAGGGCAUCAUCGAGAAUACGUAUAGGCUGUCUUGCAAUCACGUAUUCCACGAGUUCUGCAUCCGCGGCUGGUGCAUUGUGGGAAAGAAGCAGACGUGUCCCUACUGCAAAGAGAAGGUAGACCUCAAGAGGAUGUUCAGCAACCCCUGGGAGAGGCCUCACGUCAUGUAUGGGCAGCUGCUGGACUGGCUUCGAUACUUGGUAGCCUGGCAGCCUGUUAUCAUUGGCCUGGUGCAAGGCAUCAACUAUAUCCUGGGCCUGGAAUAGUCAGGAAGAAGAGCAUCCACCCACCAUGGACCUCAGGGCACUCUCCUCCCUGCCCUCCAGGACCUCCUGGGUGGGAAAGACUCAAAGGGGCACUCGGGCCACUCAGGACCCCUCCGGCUGUGUCUGGGCUGGGGAGGGAUAUGAUGGAGAGCCAGCCAGUGGGGCUGUCAGCAGUGGGGGGCUUUUUAAAAGAAAACUAUUUUGAUGAAUAUAUUUAAAAACCUUUUUUAUUGUGGA